CUGCCACUUUGUUGCACGGCACCAAUUGAACCUCAGCCAGGCGGAGGGGCGGCGGGCAGAUGAGCUUCCAUGCUUCUAUGCUAGCAGGUCACAUAAAACUCAAGGACCACUAACUUUUGGCGGCAUUCCUCAGGAUUCCAAUUUUAGGAAUACAAAAAAAAAAUAAAAACGACCACCGUUACAGCCAAACCAAGCCCGACUACGCUGUUAGGGAGGACUGCCUCGCCCGGCGUAGGGGCAGUUGAGAUUAGCUUGGGUCAUCUCAUCUGGCGACGAUCAUUAGGCAUCGACGCCCCGAGCUUGGCUUUCCGCGACAAAUUGCUUGCGCGACUGCCUCUUGUGGUGUUUUCGGCACUUGAUCGGGCACUAACUGGGGCUGUAAUUCCUUGCACGAAUACUACUGUCGAAGCAUACCUAAGUUUCCUCGAAUGCAGCUUUUACUCCAUUGACAAACGAUUUAUCGCAUUUCAAGCUCGCCAAGGCAGAACCCCCUAGGGCCCCGCUGUCCUCCAGCGCAGCAACGGAGCAGGACAGCGCCUAGCUUUGGUACGCGUUCAAAGUCAUCAAAAUGAAUUCUUCGGGGGUUCCGAACAUACUGAGGCCAGGAGGCUCCCAGCGCAACGUGUCGAACACGCCGCUGGGCUUGGCAGACAUUCGUCCACGCGCCGAUUCGAGCCUCUCGGAUGGAAUCCCGGGCAGCGCCGGGUACGAUGUCGCAAAUCCCCAAUCAGGCACAAGCAAUUACAUGGCGCCAUGGGCUCUAUAUGCGUUUGACUGGUGCAAGUACCCUCCUCAAGGCAAUGGCGCUGGCAAACUGGCCAUCGGUAGCUACCUGGAGGACGGACACAACUUUAUACAAAUUCUAGACACUCAGGUGGUGCCUACACCUCCCGAGGCAUACUCUCAGGGUGGAUCAAGAACGUGUCUUGAGUUCACCAAGGUCGCAGAGGCUACUCAUUCAUACCCAGUUACGCGUCUGUUGUGGGAGCCACACUCGCCCAACUCCCAGAAGCAGUCCACCGAUCUGCUAGCCACGUCGGGUGACCACCUCAGGUUAUGGUCGCUCCCCUCAGAUGCAUCGUCGUCCAUGAGCAACAACAUAAACAGAAGCAGUAGGGAUCCAGCCCCGCCGACGAAGCUCACGCCAUUGGCGUUACUCUCAAACUCAAAGACGCCUGACCAUACCGCUCCUCUCACCUCACUCGACUGGAACCAGGUGUCGCAGAACCUAAUUAUUACAUCCAGCAUUGACACAACUUGCACAAUUUGGGAUAUUCCAUCCUUGACCGCAAAGACGCAACUGAUUGCACACGACAAGGAGGUGUACGAUGUCAGAUUUUGCGCCAACAGCGUCGACGUCUUUGUGAGCUGUGGACAGGAUGGUAGUGUGCGCAUGUUUGAUCUGCGGAGCUUGGAGCACAGUACCAUCAUUUAUGAGCCGACGGGCAAGGAUGAAAAGGACCCGUCAGGUGGCAGGAUAAGCCCAACACUCGCACAACAAACCAUGUCCAACCCGCCUCCUCUCCUCAGGCUGGCAACCUCGCCACAUGAUACCCACCUCUUGGCGACUUUUGCCCAAGAUUCCAAUGUGAUCCGCAUCCUCGAUGUGAGACAACCUGGACAGGCUCUCCUGGAGCUGCGUGGCCAUGGAGGCUCGCUCAACUGCAUUGAAUGGUCUCCAUUGAGGAGGGGAACGCUGGCCUCAGGAGCAGACGACUGUCAAGUCCUGAUCUGGGACCUGUUGCAAAACCAGUCUACUGCUCCGCCGAUCAACGGCGCUCCCCAACCUGAUAACGUGAGGAGCCCUGUAGCCAGUUGGCAAUGCGACUACGAGAUUGGUAACCUGGGAUGGACACCACAGCUAGCCAACAGUGAAAAUGGGGAGUGGCUUGGCGUUAGCGCUGGGCGUGGGAUAUGGGGAUUGAAAGUAUGAUGGAUGAUGCGAAAUGAUAAGCUAAGCGAGGGUGAGAAGAGAGGAAAAUGGCGUGCCCGACAUAUCUCAGACUCUGUCUUCGGAUUGUAAGAGGGUUAACGGCUAGGAGGCUCUUGGGCUUGGGGCUCUGCCACAUCGUUGCAGAUGAAUUUCCAUCCCACCGGGCUCUUUUUCUACACUAUAUGGCGCACAAUGUAGGAGGUAGAUGACUUGUCCUCGAUUCAUUACGAACUAGCCGUCUGCCGAAAUAUCAAGGCCAUCGGUCUUUUGGGGGCACUGCACCGUCCGUCAAGCCUAUAUCGGAUGCUGGUUGAUUGGAUGGCUGAUAUUCAGCCGGCCAAUCGGAUAUAGAUGUUUAGUAUGACCUUGAACAAGCGCCUGCGCCAUGUGCAUUAAUGUUUGGCCAAUCCCCAAAGAAAUGAGUUUAUCAGUAAAAUGUUUUAUACAGGUUUACAUGCCAACGAAGGUCAAGGGAGCUGCGUAUCUUGGACGGCACUUUCACCCUGAUCCACGGGUAGGGUUCAGCUAUCUAAUUCAAAACAGAUUACC